AUGUACCCCACUUUCGACUUCAAUACGACCGCCGAAGAGGUUGCGACGGCCUUUGCAGAACAGAUCAAGGGCAAAAAUGUCCUUAUCACCGGGACAUCACUCAACAGCCUUGGAUUCGAGACUGCGCGCGUUGUGGCGAAAUACGCAAAUCUGGUCAUCAUAACGGGAUACAACACGGAGCGCCUCAAGCUAGCACGAGCUGAACUACAGAAAGAAGGCCCUCACGCCGAAAUCCGACCGCUCGUCAUAGACCUCGCCUCGCUCAAAGACGUGCGCAGGGCGGCUGCCGAGGUCAAUGCAUACGCAGAACCCAUCCACGUCCUGGUCAACAAUGCGGCUGCCGCAGUCGGAGAUUUCAAGCUCAGCCCGGAGGGCUACGAGAACCAACUCGCGACCGACCAUCUGGGCCCGUUCCUCUUCACUGCUCUCAUUGCUCCCAAGCUCCUGGCCGCCCGGACCGAGACCUUUACUCCACGGGUCAUCUUCGUGUCCAGCCUGGCGCAUCUUUUCGGGGGUGUGAGCCUCGAGACCUGGGGUAAACCCGACCCGGCGUCAUACGAUUCGAUGGCCGCCUACGCCCAAGCGAAGACCGCCAACAUCCUCACUGCUGCCGAGCUCUCGCGGCGGGCCAAAGGGGCACUCAAGAGCUACAGUCUGCAUCCUGGAAUCAUCUUCACGAACAUCAACCAGAAGGAGGAAAGCGCGGAGAAACAGAAGGAAUUGGGUAUCCUCCUCCCCGAUGGCUCGCCCAACCUCGAGAAAUACCAAUGGAAGUCGAUCCCCGAGGGCUCCGCGACGACAGUGGCGGCUGCGUUUGACCCGCGACUGGAAGAUUCGCCAGGGGCGUUCCUGGAUGAUUCGAAAGUGGCGAACGAUAAGCGCUCGCCCCAGGCUGCUGAUUCUGCUCUUGCUGCGAGACUGUGGGAGAUCACGGAGGAGCUCGUUGGCACACCACCGUUCACAUCCUUCGGUAUCUUCUGCUUGGUUGGGUCUACUGGACGACUUUCAGCAGCACAAGCCGAAGCCGAAGACCGAGAACCAGAGCACGAGGCACCCCAGCUGGGGUCGAUCUUCCGAGAAGCAUGCGAAUGUGAUUGGUGCAAGACUGAGCUCGUCCUUGCGAUUGCACCUGCAGAGAUUCCACUACGGCUCUAACGAGCAAUCGCUCAGAUCACUCAGAUUCACUCCCUCGUUUAAUCAGACAAUCGUCAUCCUGGACACGUCACGCAUGCGAACCUGGCGUGGAGGCAGUAAUCGAUAUGCGUAAUCUGGGGUAGAGGGGCAAAACGGCGUUAUAAAUGGCGGUUGAGAAGUCCAGUUCUUCAACAAUGUAUCCCACCUUCGACUUCCACACGACGGCCGAGGACGUUGCGACAGCAUUCGCAGAGCAAAUCCAGGGCAAAAAUAUCCUCAUCACUGGAACGUCUCUCAAUGGCCUCGGCUUCGAGACCGCGCGCGCCGUGGCAAAGUAUGCAAAUCUGGUGAUCUUCACAGGAUAUAACAAGGAGCGACUCGGGCUGGCGCACGCCGAACUACGGAAAGAAGGCUCUCACGCCGAAAUCAGGCCUCUGGUCAUAGACCUCGCCUCGCUCAAAGACGUGCGCAGGGCGGCUGCCGAGGUCAAUGCUUACGCGGAACCCAUCCAUGUCCUGGUCAACAACGCAGCCGCUGCAGUCGGGGCUUUCAAGCUCAGCCCGGAGGGCUACGAGAACCAGCUCGCAACCGACCAUCUAGGCCCGUUCCUCUUCACCGCCCUCAUUGCUCCAAAGCUUCUGGCCGCACGGACCGAGACGUUCACACCCCGAGUGGUUUUCGUGUCCAGUUUGGGGCACGAGUAUGGACCAGUCAAUUUCGAGACUUUGGGUAAACCCGAUCCUGCGCUGUACGAUUCGAUGGGUGCCUACAGGCAAGCGAAGACUGCCAACAUCCUCACUGCUGCCGAGCUCUCGCGGCGGGCCAAAGGGGCACUCAAGAGCUACAGCCUGCAUCCGGGAAUCAUCUUCACGAACAUUACCCAAAAGGAGGAAAGCGCGGAGAAACAGAAGCAGGCAGGCAUCCUCUUGCCUGAUGGCUCGCCCAACCUCGAGAAGUACCAUUGGAAGUCGAUCCCGGAAGGCUCCGCGACGACGGUGGCGGCUGCGUUUGACCCGCGACUGGAAGAUUCACCAGGGGCAUAUCUAGACGAUUCGAAAGUGGCGAACGACAAGCUCGCGCCGCAUGCUGCUGAUCCUGCCAUCGCGGCCAGGCUGUGGGAUGUCACGGAGGAGCUCGUCGGCUUCAAGUUUACCUUCUGAAACUCAUCGAAACUCUGUCUUGGGAUGUGUAAAUAGCAGUGGUCCAGGUUUCACCUUGUAAGUUGCAGCAAAUGUAUUAGCGCACAUGGGUAGGCACUGGAUGACGAUCCUUACCUAUACUGCUUCUUGUGCACAUAGUCGGAUUUCUGGAAGGCCACAGCUCACUGUUAUAAGUAUGUGGAUUGUACUGGAACAGUGAUGGAAAGUGAGGCCUCGAGGAAUCAGCCAGGACUCAGCAGUCAUGAUUAUUCGCAUGAUGCGAUCAAUGACACUUCGCAUUUGCGUAGUCGACUCCUGUUUCCUCUUUCCAGUCAUAUUCGGCGCCCCCCGUCCACUAUAACAGAGCAUAUAACAACUAGGGAAGAGGAUGUCUUUAUGUGGGCAUCCGCCUCGCCCUGCGGACUCUUGGGAGAAUCAAUAAAACCGCCUUGACGUCGAAUGUGGCAGUAGCGUCGCUCCUUGUCUUUUUGUGUUUUGUGGCUGCCACUGAAUCGGCGCGGCAUCCUCGGUCGCCUUCGGCCUCGUUGAGUCUACUCGAUGACUCACAGCAGCAUGAUCCGACCCUCGAGAACUGGAGCACAAGGGCAUAUCAGCUGGGCCGGUCUUCGAAGAAGCCUGUGGACUCGGAAUGAAUAUAUGCGUCAUUUUCGGCUCUCAGCCUUCCUCGCGUUUGGACUAGCGGAGAGCUUCUCGACCGCUCCCCAGGCUUUCAAGAAGCGGCCAUUCAGGUCCACUCACGCGUUCGUUCCAAAAAUCGUCAUCCUGGACACGUCACGAAUGCGGGAACCGGGGGAAUCCUCUUUAUCUUGGAUCCCGGUGUGGAGGCAGUGAUUGAUAUGGGUAAUCCGGGGGUUGAGGGGCGAGGACGGUGUUAUAAAUGGCGGUGCGAGAGGCCAGUCCUCCAACGAUGUAUCCCACCUUCGACUUCCACACGACCGCCGAGGACGUUGCGACGGCAUUCGCAGAACGGAUCUCAGGCAAAAACGUUAUCAUCACCGGGACGUCGCCCAAUGGCAUAGGGUUCGAGACUGCGCGCGCCGUGGCAAAAUAUGUCAAUCUGGUGAUCGUCACAGGAUACAACAAAGAGCGACUCCAGUUGACACAGGCUGCACUCCGUGAAGGAAGCCCUCGCGCUGCAAUUCGAACACUCGUUCUAGACCUCUCCUCGCUCAAGGACGUUCGCAGGGCGGCUGCCGAGGUCAAUGCUUACGCCGAGCCCAUCCACAUCUUGGUCAACAACGCCGCUGCGACGCUCGCAGCUUUCAAACUCAGCCCGGAGGGCUUUGAGAACCAGCUCGCGACCGACCAUCUGGGUCCGUUCCUCUUCACCGCCCUCAUUGCCCCGAAGAUCCUCGCUGCGCGGACGGAAACGUUUACCCCCGGGUUAUCUUUGUGUCCAGUAUGGGGCAUGUGUCCGGACCGGUGAAUCUCGAGACGUUGCGCAAACCCGAUCCUGCGCUGUAUGAUCCAUUCGGUACUUAUGGCCAAGCGAAGACGGCCAACAUCCUCACUGCUGCCGAACUCUCCCGUCGAUCGAACGGGACGAUCAAGAGCUACAGUCUGCAUCCGGGAGUCAUCUUCACGAACCUUGCCCGCAGAGAAGAAAGCGCGGAGAUAUCGAAGGAGGCGGGCAUCCUCCUCCCUGAUGGCACGCCCAACCUCGAGAAGUACCAAUGGAAGUCGAUCGCCGAGGGUGCGGCGACGACGGUUGCGGCUGCGUUUGACCCGCGACUGGAAGAUGUCCCGGGGGCGUUUCUAGAUGAUUCGAAAGUGGCGAAUGACAAGCUCGCUCCGCAUGCUGCUGAUUCUGCUGCCGCGGCGAGACUGUGGGAUGUCACGGAGGAGCUCGUCGGUUUCAAGUUCGCUUUCUGAAACUCAUCGAAUAGCUACCCUGGCAUGUUUUAUAGCACUGGUCUUGAAUUUACCUUGCAUCCGACCUGCAAUCUGGCAGCACCGUGCCCAUGUCGGUCUGCUGUCCGGGCACAUCGCUUUUCCAUCUUUCAGUGUGCGCGUGCGGUGGACGACGCCCGAUCAGC